AUGGUCUCUCUUUCAACGCUGCCGGACGUACCGGCAAAGCAUGCUGACUUCGUUUCUUACGUUGAAUCGCAUCCUGACACGUCCCUUCUCGAGCUUCUUGAACCCUACAAAAAAUACGAUGCAAAACUACGCGAGAUAUUUGCCCAAGAACCAGAUCAUCCUGUCCUGGCGGAUGAGCAUCUCAAUGUCGUCCCCGUCUUCAAUGGUCACACUUCCAGUCUCAAGAUCCGAGCGCGAGACCUUGACUCAGAGUCUCAAGAAGAGAAGGAGCGAUAUAUCAUGUCGCUUGGCGCCGAAGAAAGGCGCCCGAACAAUUCGCCUGCCAUUGUCCAAGAUAUCAAGGAAUUCCAACAAAACUUUGCGCUGUUCUGUGAGAGUUCACUUGUCGAUCUCGAUUGGAGCAAUGUCGUCGCUGCCGGAUCGAGUGUCGUUACGUGUUUGCUGCCAGUUCCAAAGCAGUACAAAGAGUCGAAACGAGCACUAAGGCAGUACUACCACGAGACUAUCGCCCCAGCUUCUGAUGUAGACCUCUUCAUUUACGGCCUCAGCGAGGAGGAAGCUGUCAAGAAGAUCAUUGAGGUUGAGAAGAGGAUCAAAGAUUCGAUCCUAACCGAGACAACGACCAUCCGAACGAAGAACGCAAUCACCAUCGCCAGUCAAUACCCGACUCGCCACAUCCAGAUUGUAUUAAGGAUCUAUAAGUCGGUCUCUGAGAUCCUUACCGGCUUCGAUGUCGAUUGUUCGUGCGCGGCUUAUGACGGCAAGCAAGUCUGGGCCGCACCGCGCGCAUUGACUGCAUACAUGACCCAGGCCAAUACCAUUGACCUGACGCGUCGUUCUCCAUCGUACGAGAGUCGCCUGUCGAAGUACUCCCAUCGGGGAUUUGAGGUUUAUUGGCCUCUGCUGGAACGCUCCCGUGUUGACCCUACGAUCUUCGAGCGUAAUUUUGGACGGACUGUCGGUCUUGCGCGUCUGCUCGUUCUUGAGCGACUUCCGACAAAGACGGAGAGGGAGUCUUACAUGGAUGAGCGACGAAGGGAACGUGGUCGUCCGCCCGUGAAUCGUUACAGAAAUUUCUCGAUGAGGGAUAACAUCAAGGACCGACAUGAGGAUGAAGUAGCGGAGUGGGUCGAGCAGGAAGAUGUCAGUGACUAUCACACCUUCACCAUUCCCUAUGGUCAGCCGUAUCACGCCAAAAAGAUCGAGAAGCUCUUGUACACCAAAGAUCUGCUCUUGAACUCGGAGUGGAACAAGCCCAAGGAUCGCGAGGUUAACCUUCAUCGUCACCCUGCGUUCUUCGGUUUUGCUGAGGAUAUCAUCAACGACUGCUGCGGAUUUUGCCCCCAGCCGGUGACACCUGAAGAACACGACGUCGCAGAAGAAGAGCGCAAGAUCUAUGUCUCUGGAAAAAUCUCCUUCAUCAAAGACGACCCCGGGCGUCAAGCUAUCGGCUCAUUCAACCCUAUCACGGAUGAUGAUUGGACCGAGAUGGCUUACGUCGGGAACACUGCUCGAUUGUGUCAAGCCAUUGUUGACGAAGAUCUGGAGCACGUUGUGGACUGGUUGGAGCAAGACGGAUCCGAUCCUAACUGUCGUGACUAUACUGGUCGCACACCACUCCAUCUAGCUGUCACUUCUUCCACUCCAGAAAUCGUCCGUGCCUUGAUUGAUCACGGCGCCCGUCUUGUGGCUCGUCUUGCGGACGGAAGAACGGCGCUACAUCUAGCUGCCGCUCGAGGCAGUGUGGAAAUGGUCAGAAUGAUUAUGCAGAAGAGUGAGGAGAACGAGGAAGAAGAGGCUAAAAAGGAAGAUGUUCGCAAGAAAGCACGUAUGGCGGAGAGAACACCCAAGAAUGAGUAUCUAAGCGAACGGCCGAAGUCUGCAAAGGAAGACGAUGAUAGCGACGUCGAUAUGAUUGAGAAGGAUGAGGCCGAAUCUGAUGAUGAAGCACGCACGACAAUGACUGGAUCGUAUAUCAAGGUCAAAGAAGGAGAGAAUACGACUGACAAUGCGGUUCCUGAGGAAGACGAGGACGAUCCCGAUGUAUACGACGUCAAUGUCCUAGCGUGGGAUCUUCAGUGUUCACCCCUUCACCUUGCCAUCUUGAAGGGGCAUACCGAAGUCGUCAAGGAACUCGUUCAGUCGUUUGGAGCAGACGUCUUCCUGCCGAUCAAACUUCUCAACGACCACGACAAGUCGCCAAGGGGAGCUAUACUGACCCUUGUUUUGUCUCUGGGUCUCCCAUUGGAACAAGCUAAGGAGAUGACUAAAACACUGUUGAGCUUGGGGGCUACCUCCGUCCAGGCUGACACCAAGCAAAUGACUGCGCUUCACUACGUCGCUGUGAAAGAGCCUGAGUUAUUGGAAAUAUUGAUUCAGGAGGAUGAGCCUGCGGCUAAGCGAGCCAUCAAUCAUCUCGGUGUGUUAGGAUCAUCCUGGCGUCCGUCUUCGCAAAGUCCUCUCAUGAGUGCGAUCUCUUCAGGAAACGCGCUCGCAGCGUUGAAGCUGCUCGAAUCGGGCGCGAAUCCUUCCAUUGACUUCAAGGAUUGGAUGAAGUCGGUAGAGCCUCAGUUUGACAGCAUAGCUCGAAGCGAUUCUGACAAUAACCGAAGAACUUUCACCCGAGACAUUGAGCAACCAAUUAUACUGGCAAUCGAGAACGAGGUUCCGGAAAUUGCGGUUCGUCUAUUGGAAAUGGGCGCGGAUCCAGACACUCUCACCAAGCCAACAAAGGAAAGUCUUGAAAGGGACUACAACACUAGCUACACCGACAUGGACUCUGUGCUUGACAUCGUUCGAAAAAAGAUCACCGACCUGCGUGACUACGUCCGUGAGGUCAAAGACUCGGGCAGACCGUCAAACCCUCGCAUCAAUCUGAAGAACGAUAUCGACUAUCUUGAGGGCUUUGAGCACGGAACAUACAAGUACUUUGUCGCCAAGGCCCAGUUGGAGCGCGCAGAAGAAGAGGACAAUCGUGCCAGAGAGAGCUAUGAAGACCAACUGAAAUCUUACACAGAGCGCAAAGGUGUUGAAGAAAAGAUUGAGGCUAUCAAAUCGAUGGAGAAGAGGUUCGAGGAGCUUGAGCAAGCUUUGAUGAGCAAAGGAGCGAAGACAUUCAAGGAGUUACACCCGAAUGUGAAGCUCGAGAAGAGGCCAUAUUAUGGCUACAACCACCAGCCAUGGGUACCGCCACCUUUUGAAAUCAAGUUCGACUUCUCUGUUCCUGAUCUAACUGAUGAGAGAAGGGAUGCUUAUUCCAAACUCUUCCAAGCAGUAUGGGAUAAUGACCUUGAGACCGUGAAAAGCCUGACCCUGGCUCCGUGGGGACACAACAGCCCACUCAAGAUCAGCGUCCAAGACGGACAGCGUAAUAGCAUCUUCGCCAUCGCAGUCAUUCGCGGCCAUCUCGAUCUCGCACGAGCUCUUGUUGAGAUAUGUUACGCGCAGUUUCAGCCGCCAGAAGACGACGAUGUCAAGAAGUCACGCUACCGACUUGCGAACGAGGACGAAGACGACGAGAGUGAUAUGAGUGAUAUCGCCGUGUUAGAGGAGACUGUCGACGACAGGUUCACAAUUGAAAACAUUGGCGAGCUUUCGACACAGGUCAAGAGCGAUAUUUCACCUAUUCAGUUCAUGGCCGGACAAGUUCAGGCCUGGAACUACGUCAAACACUUCCUCCCUGAGAAGCAGAUCACGUACGGUAUCGACAACCGCAAGGUUGACAUUGCUAGCAAGCGCGACUCUACGUGCAGCCUCAGGUCCUGGGCUCUUAUCACCAACGACAGACCGUUGUUCUCGUUCCUUCUCGAUCUCGACUUUGAGUGGACAGACAGGUUGGCCAUGAAACUGGACGGGUCCUCUGGCAUACCAUCAUUCUCAGGCUGCGACUUUCACCUCGCUGUCGAAUACGGCCGCACAGAACUGCUGGCGGAUAUGAUCAAGCACGCAGGUGCAGGAAUCGAACUGGAGUCAUUUGUCAAAAACUCUGGAGUCAAAUACCGCGAGAAGCCAAAGUUUUAUCAGGGUCUCAGCGUUCAUGGAAAGAAGCGUCCCGCUUGGAUCAACGCUGCUCGUGGCACUUACUCACAAGGAGUCUCUGAUAGCGUACCGCCGCUGCUAAGCGCGGCUUUCAAAGGGAGCCUUCAGAUGGUGGAGUGGUUCAUGGGCGACGCGCCGGCUCGCCACUACCUUGACUUUGCUGAAGCUUACAAGCAUGACAAAUACAUCGGGCAUAUCAACAAGAAUGCUGGUGGCUUUGAAAGGCUUCUCAGGAAAUGGCUGGGCACUAGACGUGAGCUUGCGCUGCAUCUUGCAGUAAUGGCAGAGCCGAGUCAUGAGACCUUCAAGCUGAUCAAGUACCUCAUUGACACCAUGCCCGACUCGCUAGAGGUCAAGUCCACAGACGGGUAUACACCACUCCUCAUCGCAUUCUCGCUCCAUCGUUUCAGCGCGGCCAAACUUCUUAUCGAAGCUGGCGCAGAUCAGACUGCCCGCAUAUCUACAGGUUCCAACAUCCUCGACGUACUCCUCGUAGACCCCUAUAGGAGUUUCAUCAUCAACGACAACACCAUUCUCAACCGUAUGCUGAGCCUCAUCGACCCCCGUCUCGUUCCUUCGCUCCUCAGCGAGCGCACCUCCGCCCAACCCGGUUCCUUGACACCUGUCGCACACCUGAUGACUCUAGCUGGCGGUUACAACGUCGGAGAGCUCAAGACAGAGAUCCUCGAGACACUGCUCGACUUCGCAACCCCAACCAACUACGCGUUCCUCGAGCUGCUGGACGGCGCAGGCGACACCCCCCUCCACUGGGCCGUGAAGAAACAAAACCAGAUGUACAUGUCCGCCAUCCUCAGCCGUCGCCCGGAUCUCCUCUUCCGCGAGAAUAGCGUCGGUCGCACGCCCUGUGAAAUGGCAGAGGAUUCCUGGCUCGCUAGCCGCGUACGCGACGCGCCGUCUGUCACCCAGCACACCAGCCAGUCUAUCGUCCACCGCUCUACAGAGAGUUUCGCGAAGGAUCACGUCGAGUCUGCUAAGACGGACAUCGCGGAGAGUAUCUGGGCUCAGUGCAGGGAGGUUGUGGCGUCCUCACGCGGAUCGUUGAAGCGGAAGCUGGUCAGCUUAUUGGAUGCGAACGAAGUUGCGAAUCGGUUGGCGAAGAGGCAUAUGGAGAAGAGAGCUACGCAGCAGGCUUGGUCAAAGAAGCAGGAUGCUGUAGAGGAAGAGGAAGAGGAGGUUAGCAGGGAGGUGGACGAGGUGAGGGAUUGGUUUGGCAUUACGGUGAAGGGGGAUGGGAAGGAGCUGGAGGUUGUGGAUCGGACGGUGGGUGGGGAGAAGCAUGCGCUGAUGGAUUAUGCGAGGCAGCUGCGGGCGUUGGAGAGAUGA